AUGUUCAGAUCCCAGCUCGCCCAAUUCUUCCCGCCAAAGCCCACCUUCACCGAGGCCAAUGUCCCUCCGCAAGAUGGCAAGGUCUUCAUAGUGACGGGCGGCGCCUCGGGGAUCGGCCUGGAGCUGUCCAAGAUGCUGUACCAAAAAGGCGGUCGUGUCUAUAUCGCUGGCCGUUCGGAAGAGGACGCCCAACGCGCCAUACAAACCAUCCAGGCCGCCGUGCCCUCUCCCUCCGCCAGUGCCGCCCUCAUCUUCCUCCACCUCGACCUCUCCGACCUGACCACCAUCAAAACCGCCGUCGCCGCCUUCCAAUCCCAAGAAUCCACUCUCCACGUCCUCUUCAACAACGCAGGCGUCUCCCAACCGCCCCUCGGCAGCCUCUCCAAGCAGCGCAUCGAACUGCAACUCGCCACAAACUGCCUCGGCCCCUUCCUCCUCACCCAGCUGCUCCUCCCCCUCCUUGAAGCCACAGCCGCCACCACCACCCAAACUCCCACCACCGUCCGCGUAAUCUGGACCGCCAGCCAAAUGAUUGAACUCGCCGCCCCGCGCGGCAUCGUGCUCCCCACCCCGGAACUCCGCACCCCGCCCGCCGACACCGCGCGCUGCUACACCAACUCCAAGACGGGCAACUACCUGCUGGCCGCCGAGCUCGCGCGCCAGCAGCAGGAGCGGGUCACCACUACCACUGCCACUCCCACCCCCACUGGUAGCAAUGCCGCUGGUGUUGUUGGUGCCGUGCCGGUACUCAGCAUCGCCACCAACCCGGGCGCGGCCUCGACCGCACUCUUCCGACACACGCCGUGGACGGGGUACCUGGCGUGGCCGCUGCUGCAUGCGGCGCGGCUGGCGGCGCUGACGCAGUUGUAUGCGGGGCUGGCGGGGGAGGUGGCGGAGGCGGCGGCGGUUGGGACAGCUGGGGCAGCGGCAGGGGAGGUAGCGGGGGCGGGAGCGGGGGGUCAGGGGAAGGGGUUCUGUUAUGUGGUGCCGUGGGGUAGGGUGGCGACGGUGGUGAGGCAGGAUUUGGUGGAUGCGGGGAGGUUGGUGGGGGAUGGGGGUGGGAGUGGGAAGGCGAGGGAGUUUUGGGAGUUUUGUGAGGAGGUUACGGGGGAGUAUCGGUGA